GAGCCAUGAAAGACCAGCUCAGUCGCGUUUCAGCCUUAAGUAAGAACAGAGUGAACUGUGUAUCCUGAGAGCCCCCUUCGAUCCGAGGGCAGAGUCCAGACACGACGAGACUCCCAUUGAGAAUCCUCGCCUUCGAGCUUGAAUCCCGCCUCAGUGACGCACGCACAGCACAGCACCAGGACUCGGAAGGCCCUACAACUGUACAUCAGAAAGGCCACUACUCCACUGCUCACACACACAUACACAUACAGAUAGAUAGAUAGAUACAUGGAUAGAUAGGACCCAGCGGCGGCAGGAUAGAAGCCAACAGGACACCAAGCCUGAUGUGAGAGCAGUUGAGCUUGAACCAGUACGAAUGAAGGCCACUCACUCACUCACUCACUCUCACUUUAUUCGGAGAGACUGAUCGCACACAGAAAAAGGAGGAAGACAGACGUCAUUAGUCAGGCAGAAUCCACCCCAUACAUUGAAGGACAUUGGAUCCACUCCGUCCACACAGCAGUCCACACCCCUGCCUUGAGCUCACGGUGGGUGCCCCUCGAUAUUAACGGCCGAGCGGUCCGGGCACGCCUUUGGGCGUCACGGCUUAAGCAUGACUUCCCGUGCCUGCCCUUGAAGGGCACCUAUUUCCAUUGAGCGAACGCCUGGUGGGACCCAGAUCUGAUUGAGAGCCGGAGCAUUAUGACGACCGAAGGUGGAGCCACGACCCAGUCACCCCCCAGGGUAGACCCCUCGACCUCGGAGGGGACGGAGGCCAUUCCAGCCUCUCAUUUGGCGCCCUCGUCCACCGUGCCGCCGUCGAUUUCUCAAUUGGUAGUGACAUUAGAUCAGGCGGACCUGAAACACCAUGCCACUUUGCUGAAGCCCAAUCCUUAUGUGGAGGUGGUGGUCGAUGGCAAGCCUUCCAAGCGCACCACCACCCAGAGGAACACCUAUAAGCCCAAGUGGCCCGAUGAGCCGCUCCACCUUCAGGUCACGCCCUAUUCCAAGAUAUUAGUGCGCCUGUACGACCACAACUAUCUGAAGAAAGACUCGCUCAUUGGCGAAAAUACCAUGGAUUUCUACACUGUGCUCAAGCGGCAAGGUGGAAAGUGCCACGGCACGCCUAUUCUCCUGGAUCUCCAUAAUCCCAAACACCCCGAGUGGAAUAAAGUGGGCGAGCUCCGCCUGAAAUUGGCCGGUCUGGACAUUGAUAUGGACGCUUUACCCGACGCGGCGGCCACGGCCAAUGUGGGCGUGAGCGUAGUGCCGCAAGAAAGCGCUUUCAACCUUACCCCCGAACACCCCAAUGGCCUGGGUGCGGGCGCCCGUCCCCGUGGGAGCCGAAGUGGCACCCAGGCCGCUGGCGUGACGCCGUCUCGAGUGGCCCCGCCUCGUCCUGCUCCGCCCGGAACCGGCGCUAAUCUCAACGCUCAUCGUCGAGCCAAAGGGGCAUCAUCACCCCUCUUACCCGCCCUGGCCCCCACACCCAAAGUAUCUAACCCGGGCCCGACCAAUUCCGUCGGGUCGAGUUCCUCCGGCUCAGCCGCCCGUCUAUCGAAUCCUGGUGCAAUAGCCAACAAUUCUCCCCAGUCAGGCCCUGUGACAACAACAGGCACAACUACACCCGAGUCAAGAGCCAAUGCUCGGUUGUCCAUUGGAAGCAUGAACGGAGCUGAUCACUCUCCGGCCAGUUCCACGGCGCCCACGGUCAAUGGCGUUGGUGCAGCCUCAUCUUCCAUGGCAAUUGGUCGAGUCAAUGGUACUGCAGGCAGUGCUCCCGCCAGCAAUACCAUGGGUCCACCUGCUGGUCACGCCCCCGGUCAUGCCUCGGAGGGCCUCCAUGGACAAGAAGAACCGCUGCCGCCGGGAUGGGAUACCUUGCAAGAUUCGUACGGACGAAGGUAUUACGUGGAUCACAAUAGCCGGAGCACCACUUGGGAACGCCCUCAACCUCUACCCAUGGGAUGGGAGAUGCGGCGAGAUCAUCGGGGACGUGUCUAUUAUGUGGACCACAACACAAGAACCACCACCUGGCAAAGGCCUAACACCGAGAGACUUCAAAACUUCGCCAGUUGGCAAGGUGAACGAGCACAGGUGAUGCAAUUGAAGAAUCAGCGCUUCCUCUAUCCGAACGAUCAGAACAAUACCAAUGCCAAUACCAGUAGCAAUGGUCAGACUACGGUGGCGAAUGGUCGGACUGGCGGCUCUUCGGACGAGGAUCCGUUGCCCGAUGGGUGGGAGAAGCGCGUCGAGCCGAAUGGGCGAGUCUACUUUGUCAAUCAUAAGAAUCGCACCACCCAAUGGGAGGACCCCCGAACCCAAGGCCAAGUCAAGGAGGAGCCGCUUCCGCAGGGAUGGGAGAUGCGCAAUACCGAGAAUGGUGUGCCCUACUUUGUGGAUCACAACAAUCGAACGACUACUUUUGAGGACCCUCGGCCCGGAGCCAUCAAGCUCGGACCCAAGGGAGCUUACGGGGUGCCUGUUCAAUAUGAGCGAUCCUUCCGGUGGAAACUGUCGCAAUUUCGAUACCUGUGCACAUCCAAUGCAUUAUCUAGUCAUAUCAAGUUGACCGUCAGUCGACAGACGCUCUUUGAUGAUAGCUAUCACCAACUCAUGCGUUUGCCAGCUUAUGAACUUCGGCGAAGGCUUUACAUCAUCUUCAGGGGCGAGGAAGGCCUAGACUACGGAGGAGUGGCCAGGGAAUGGUUCUUCUUGCUCUCGCAUGAGGUCUUAAAUCCAAUGUACUGCCUCUUUGAGUACGCCAACAAGAACAACUACAGUCUUCAGAUCAACCCAGCCUCCUAUGUGAAUCCAGAUCAUCUGAACUACUUCAAAUUCAUCGGGCGAUUCAUCGCAAUGGCCCUCUACCACGGCAAAUUCAUCUAUUCCGGUUUCACCAUGCCCUUCUACAAACGCAUGCUCAACAAAAAACUGGGCAUGAAGGAUAUCGAGUCGAUCGAUCCCGAAUACUACAACUCAUUGGUUUGGAUUCGCAACAACAGUUUGGAAGAGAGCGGGGUGGAGAUGUUCUUCAAUGUGGAUUACGACCUACUAGGCGAGGUCAAGUCCCAUGACCUCAAGCCAGGUGGUAGUGAAAUCGAAGUCACCGAGGAGAAUAAAGAGGAGUAUCUAGAGCUCGUGGUGGCCUGGCGAAUGUCCAGAGGGAUCGAAGAGCAAACCAAGGCAUUUCUAGACGGUUUCAAUGAGGUCGUCCCCUUGGAAUGGCUCCAGUACUUUGAUGAGAGAGAGCUUGAGCUCCUUCUGUGCGGAAUGCAGGAAAUAGACGUGGAUGAUUGGCAAAGGAACUCGAUCUAUCGCCACUACACCAAGAACAGCAAGCAAGUUCUGUGGUUCUGGCAGUUUGUGAGGUCUAUGGAUCAUGAGAAGCGUUCGCGGUUGCUCCAGUUCGUUUGUGGUACAUGCCGCGUCCCUGUGGGUGGAUUCGCCGAGCUCAUGGGCUCCAAUGGAGCUCAAAAAUUUUGUAUCGAGAAAGUGGGAAAGGACUCUUGGUUACCUCGUUCGCACACGUGCUUUAAUCGUUUGGAUUUGCCGCCUUACAAAUCUUACGAGCAAUUGGUGGAAAAACUCACUUACGCCAUUGAAGAGACCGAAGGGUUCGGUCAAGAGUGAAUAUGGAUCCGUGUUCAAUAUGCGUGACAUGGCAAGUGUGUUGAACGAACCUAGUCCAAAGAUGGAACAAUGAACAAUUGUGACAGCUGUGAUCAAAUUUUAUGAAUGCGAAGUUCGGCAUGCAUUCCAACUAGAUACAAGAAUUAUUAUACAACAACAACAACAACAACAACAACAGCAACAACAACUAUCACACUGGUAAAGAAAUGUAAUGUGCUGGAUAAAAAAUGAUAACAUAAGAAUGGCGUGAAGCGAAAUGCAUUAUGAUCGUUUCUGAGUCGGCGUCAAAGAACGCUCUCGCGGACGAACACCAUAUUCCAUCAUUGUUCUUUGUUACCUUAGCGAUAUUAACCGAAUCAAAUAGAAGCUAUUCAUGAA